ACACGUUGUGCAAUCCGACCCGAUCAGCUGUCAACAGCCGUACGGCAGGUUGGGGGUGUGCAGAAUCCAAAACAAAGGCACUUUUCACUUGUUUAUUUUUCUCCGCCUCUGUUUCCUGCUGGUGCUAGAUUUGCGCACCGUAAAAAAAAUUAAAACAGCACGAGCUGUUAGCCGUGAUUACAUCGGAUAGGAGCAUAGCAAGGAGCAUAGGUCGUGUGACAACACGUAUAUCAACACGUAAAGAGGAACGUGGAAUGGUGGUUCUGUGAAUCACCAAUCAGUCGGAAGUGCCGCGGCAGCAUGUAAGACAGAGCGAGAGAGUAAGAGAAAGUUGUAGGGCGCCAUCAUUGCGUCGCCGUUCUGAGACACUGACAACAAUCGAGGCGGUGAAAAUUCAUUGCUGCGUGAUUAUCGCACCAAAAGGUAACACUACCUGCAAAAAACCAGUGCCUGAACGCGGCAAAGCCUUCCGUCACGCCACACACCGAGGAACGCAGGAAAACGAAACGGUCCAAAUGAACGACAAUAUCAAGUACGAGAUGGACAUGAAGAUGGAACCGUCCAGCCCGCCGGAAAAGGAUCGCAACAUGUACUCGCGGUGCUCGAGCGCGGGCAGCAUCCACACACCGACCUCCUCCGCGCACAACUCGGAGGACGAGGAGGACUCGGGCGACAACAAGAGCAGCACGAUGAGCUACAAGGAGCGCCGGCGGGAGGCGCACACGCAGGCGGAGCAGAAGCGGCGCGACGCGAUCAAGAAGGGGUACGACUCGCUGCAGGAGCUGGUGCCGACCUGCCAGCAGACCGACGCGUCCGGCUACAAGCUGAGCAAGGCGUCCGUGCUGCAGAAGUCGAUCGACUACAUCGGCUACCUGCAGCAGAACAAGAAGAAGCUCGAGGAGGAGCGGGCCUCGCUGCAGAAGGAGGUGAUGGCGCUGCGCAUCAUCAAGAAGAACUACGAGCACAUGCUGCAGCACCAGCAGACGUCGCCGGGCCGGACCGAGGCCCGGCUGAGCGACGAUGUCAAGUUUCAGGUGUUCAAGGCGAUCAUGGACGAGAUGUUCGUCACGUUCGAGCAGCUGCCGAUGAGCGACUUUGCCGAGCUGACGUCCGGCGUGAUACCGUGGCUGGAGGAGCACUGCAAGCCGCACCUGCUGCGGGACGUCGUCAACCGGAUGCUGGCCCACAUCACCGCGAACUGUACCGCGGACAGUGGGGCGCCCGACCUGGGCAACCGGGAGAUGAACUGAGAGAGAGCGAGCGAGUCAUCGCACAUUGGUUAUUAUGCACUGUUUGCUGUUGUACAUGUUUUUUUUUCUCCCUAUAUCCUUUUUUUUUAUUUUGUUACUCAAUGCUCAGGAACAGUAUUGGACGUGUCUGGGCGGAUAUAUCUAUACAUCACAAACGUUAUACGUGGGAGGGUCUUAGCUGCCGAAUAUGCAAUGGGAAGAAUAGAUUGGUUAAUAUAUACAUAUAUAUAUAUAUAUACAAACGUAAAUCGCAAAGGAUGUGGGAUUUGGUAUUGUAAGCUCAGUUGCAAGCGUUUCAAUUUUGUGCGAUAUUCAUUCUUAAUAAGUUUAGUGUGUUGGGUCUGGGCUUAAUAAUAGUGUCGGGUCAAUCAGAUUCAGAUUCAUGGAUCUUUGAAAUGUUUCAAUGAAUCUGAAUUGCAAUUCCAAUGGGAUCAUGUGAGAUUCAUGCAAGAUCAUCUCUACAGGUUCAUGAAUCUCUGAAGAUUUAUAAAACUUAAUGGAUUCCUGAAUCUUAUAGAGAAUCUUUUGGAGAUACAUGAAUCUCUACAGAUUUCUUUGGAGAUUCAAGAAUCUUUAGGAAUUAGAUUCGAGACCCUUUCCCUACAGAUACAUACAUAAGAUACAUAGGGUGUACUUUGUUUUUGUAGCACCCCCUCUUAGACCUAUCGCAAACGGUUGUUUCUUAAAAAACUGAUGAAGAGAACGGUUUCAUAAACAUGUCCACAAGUUGGUA